AUGGCGACGUCUCAAAUGCAAGACAACUUCCCCGGUUCUUUCUAUUUCGCGGCCGACAGCGUUUUCACGAUGAAGCAUACGCUGAACUUGGAGGCUUUCGUGGAAUACUGGCUUGAAGUCACUUCAACUGCUGGGAAUGCCACGCAUUCCCUGACCGUCAGCCCGCAGUUUCCCGGGGAACCCAUCACGGACUUCAACUUCACGUCAAACCAGCACCCUUGUCAGAUCAGGUCUCGAAGGCUUCUCCCCAAAAACGCAGACACGGGCUUGACAUUUGUAAAACGGUGCAGCAAAAUGUUUCGCUUAUCCAAAGUCCCGACGUACUUCUUCCGGGUUCAUAUGGCUGUGCCGAGGGGUUACCAACUGCAUAACCCCGAACCCCUGACGUUGAAGGUAUGGCUCACGCCCAUAUGGGAGGACAAGUGUUUCGGCAUCUACAAAGGUGGUUGUUCGGACCUGCCGCCCGUCUAUGUCUUCAGCGUUGAUACGGCCCUUGAGACUACGUGCAGUGGCACUUCUUCCGGCGCCGUUAGCGAACACCAUGGCUCGAAAUCUACGAUGGAUAUGGUUGGAGAAUUGGACUUUAUGGGGGACGCACCGGCCAUUCCGAUUUCUUUCGAUGACGCCGAAGCGUUGGAUCUCGGCGGACUUCUGAAUGUGCAUUUCCCGAGAAGGAAUGGUUCGGGGAUGGGCGCUUUGGAUACUUCCAGAACCUGCGUGGUAAGACGAAGGGUCAAGUAA